GCAUCGCUGUGGUCUGUUGGACGUCCUGAGAUUUCCGACGAAGGGACGGCAGGAGAAGGUGCUCUUAGUAUUAUUCAUUCGGUUGACUCUUACGGAGUUGUCACGCAUAUCUGUGCAUUGUAGGAGUUUCAGUUAAGAUGGCAACACGAUGGGGCAUUGCAAGUGCAGGAAAGAUCUCCUCAGACUUUGUAACUGCCAUGAAAGCCCUGAAGGAUGACCACUGUGUGGUUGCUGUUGGGGCUCGGUCGCUGGAUGAUGCCCAGGCCUUUGCUAAGAAGCACGGGGCUGAAAAGGCCUAUGGAUCUUACGAGGAGUUAUCCAAGGACCCUGAUGUUGAGAUUGUGUACAUUGGCACAAUUCAUCCAUUCCACCUGCCAGUGGCUAAACUGAUGAUCAAUGCUGGAAAGCACGUUUUGUGCGAAAAACCCCUGUGCAUGAAUGUGAAGGAGACGAAGGAGCUGGUGGCCCUUGCUCGCCAGAAAAAAGUCUUCUUGAUGGAGGCUGUAUGGUCUAGAUUUUUCCCAGUGUACAAGGAAAUGAUGAAGAGAAUAAAUGCUGGUGAAAUAGGAGAAGUGGUACAGGUAUUCUGUUCUUUCGGCCAGCCUUUGGAGAACAUUCAACGUUCUGUGAAAAAGGAGCUUGGAGGUGGGUCUACCUUGGAUCUAGGUGUUUACUGUGUCCAAUUUGCUUCACUGGUCAUGGGGGGUGAGAGGCCGGAGAAGGUGGUGGCUGCUGGUCAUCUGAAUGAAGAAGGUGUUGAUGCAACAACAAGUGCUACUAUCGUCUACUCCAAGGGAAGGGUUGCUACUCUGAACUGUUCAUUUCGAUGCGAAUUACCCUGUGAAGGCAUUGUCAUUGGUACAAAGGGUACUCUGAAGGUGUCAAAUCCAGUCUGGAGUCCUGUUCACAUGGAAACACCAUCAGGAAAUUUUGAUUCACCGUUACCAGACUUGGGGCAUAGCUUUAUCUUCAGACACGGGCAAGGAAUGAUGUACGAAGCUGCAGAAGUGAGGCGAUGCUUGCAGGAAGGCUUGCUUGAGAGCCCCUCCAUCAGCCUGGACGAAACUCUGAUAUUGGCAGAAAUCAUGGAGUCAAUGAGGAAGCAAGUUGGAGUCUCAUACCCACAGGAUGCUUAAUCAGGAAGAAGCAGAGUAUAGUAGGAUGUUAUUUUUAAAUGCUCUGGCACAUUUUCAAAGGAGUUAGCCAGCUUAAUGACUGGCUUGAUUUUUGUAUUUUUAUGUAAAAGUGGUGAUAAAAUUUAUUUCUAAUUUUUCUGUUUUCUUUGAAGGAAUAAAGUAUAGUAGGAUGUUUUUUAAUGCACUGGCACAUUUUCAAAGGAGUUAGCCAGCUGAAUGACUGGCUUGAAUUUUGUAUUUUCAUGUAAAAGUGGUGAUGAAAUUUAUUUGUUAAUUUUCUGUUUUCUUUGAAGGAAUAAAGAUGCCUGCAGUUCU